GUUUCCUAAGUGCUUGAGCAUCAGUGACUGAUAGAGGACAACACUGCAAGAGAGGUGUUGAGCAUGCAUCCGUCUCUAGUGUUAUCUGAGUGUGCUCAGAUGGGGUAGGAGAUACGCUGCACGGUACGAGGGCACAGUGGGAAGAGCCUGGCAACUCAGCGGAAGCUUUUACAGACAUAUGGAGCAGCAAUAAGUCCAAACGGCAUCAAUUCUGGACCAAAGCCACAAAAGCCAAGAGAAGACAAGCUAUACUGAAAUUCUGGUGUGGGUUAGCUGAACUGGAUGUUCGGUACUCUCUUUGUCUCUGGGUGAUGGUUCUUCAUAGCAGUAUCUGUCGGGAUUGUCUCGGAGAGAAGCAAUUUUGGGCUCGUCCUCCCAGGUGUCACAUCAGAUGUGUUCUUUUUUCUGCCAGCUCGAUUGGCAAUGUGACUUUUUCUUACUAUUCUCAGUGCACUUUUUGGAUACAUAUAUUCUUCACAUCAGAUUCUGAUGGCUCCUACUCUGAAGGCUUUCUCAUCAAGGGAAAACACACUGUAUGGCAUACGUUUUUGAAACAGUGGAGUUGCAACAGAGGAUGCAUAUGUAGAGAACCGGUAAAAAACUGGCAGAUAUCCCACAUAAGCUGGUAGACUGACUUUUUCUCAAAAUAGAAGCUCAAAAGGGUCUUUCAUUUAUUUGCUAGCUGUCUUAAGAACAAAGCUUCUUUCAUGCCAAAAAUGAGACCAUUUGAUUUAAUUUUAACAUCAUACAGAAAAGAUCAAAGCUUUGCUGAGAACUGUUUGUUCCAGUGCUGAAACUUUUCCAAUUUUCUUGAUGCCCUCUUUCUUUUUGAAAGCUUUCCUGUUGAAUUUACAGAGAGAUACUAGAUGUUCCUGGACUGAUUUCAAAGUUUCCUAACAACUAUGCAACGAUAUUUGGACCAGAGAGUGGGUCUUUCUUUCAGAUAAGGCCAAACAUCACUGUGGUGGGCUUCAGACAUGAAGCCCGGUGUCCUGUCCCCUUCUGGCUGCUGCUGCUGCUGUCGUCCCCAUGUGAAGGAUGUUUCACAGCACAGCGCUAGGACCAUCUGAACCGAGCCAGAGCCCUGACCGGAGAGCAGAGAUCCGCAGGCACAUUAAGAUGGUCAUGGAACAGCUGGAGGAAGUUCUUGCUGAGCUCAAGGACGUGGCAAAAGAGCUCCGGGAGGUCGUGGCACAAAUUGACAGGUUAACAUCAGAUAUGGACCUCGACUCAGACGAUGACCUGACACUAGUGUGUUGCAGCGAGGACCGUGGUGACCUCUUGCACAAUGAGACAUUAUCCGACAACCACUUACUGCACAUCCCUCUGCUAGACACGGUCCGUAACCCAACCACAGCCAAGAAACAAGAGCUCUACCGCAGGAGCUGUGGAGACCUGCCUGCCCUCAAUGGACCAUUAAAGGCCUCAAACAGCCCUAAAGCCUCCUGGCUCUUUGGAUCUGGAGGACGGCUCCAUUAUUACGACAAGACGCUAUAUCACGCGUUGUGCUGCGACGAUGACUAUUACGACGAAGAUAGAGGGGGAAUGAGUUCAUCCAGGCUGUCGUCCAGCGACUCUGUGUUUUCAUCUUCACCUCCAAGGUUUCUGACGCCCAGAUGCAACCGUAAAACUUACUCCAGCCCGGACUCGAAGAAAAGAGCUCUCCGUAGCUGCAGUACGCAAACUGUGUCCGAUAAAAGCACACAAACUCCCUUCCCAUACAUUCCAGCCAAGCAAAGAGCUUCAAGUGACUACAAGAACUGAAAUGUUCCACAAGCGUCCCAAAAAGUUAACCCAAAAUGAAACAUCUGCCAUUCAUUUUUCACCCUUAUGCUGCUCUGAAACCAUAUGACUUUCCUUCUUCUGUGGUGAUGCAGAAGGUGCAUUUUUUUCUCUCCUGAUGUAAUAGACCUGAGAAAGAACAGGGGAUGAGAUGAGAAACGCAACAACAUAAAAAUAGUCCAUAUAACUGAUUAACUAUCAUUAACAUAUUGUGAAUGUAUACUACUGGUCAAAAGUUAGGAGUAAUUACGACUGUUUUAUGUUUUUGAUGAAGUCUCUUCUGCUUACCAAGGAUGCAUUUGAUGUAAAAUACAGUAAGUUGUUAGAAAAAAAGUUUAAUAUUAUUACAAGUUAAAGAAUAUUUUAAAAAGUAAUUUAUUUCUGUGAUGUUAAGCUGAAUUUUCAGCAUCAUUACUUCUAACAUGCUGAUUUGCUUCUCAGUUAUUAGUUAUCACUGGUGCUCAAGUAUUAAUAAUGGUUCAUUGUACAGUUGCACUGCUUAUUGUUUUCGUGGGAAUGGAUUUUUCAGCAUUCUUUGAUGAACUGAAAGUUCACCAGAACAGUAUUUAUAACAGCAUUUAUUUGAAAUAGAAAUCUGUCAUAACUAUAUAUAUAUAUAUAUAUAUGUCUUUACUGUUACUUUUGAUAAAUGUAAUGCUUCCUCAGUGAAUGCAAAUAUAAACUAUUGUUUCUGUCUUACUUAAUGCAAACUUUUGGAUGACAGUGUAUCACAGUUCCCAGAGAAAUAUGAUAAUAAUAAGACAUUUUUCUUGAGGAGCUAAUCAGCAUAUCAGGAUUAUUUUUGAAGGAAGACACUGAAGAAUGGAGUAAUGAUGCUGAAAAUGAACAAUAAAUGACAUUUUAAAUUAUAUUAAUAUGGAAAAAAUGUAAUGAUUAUAUUAUUUCUGUUUUUGUUGUAUUUUCCAUCAUAUAAAUACAACUGGUGUGCAUAAGAAAUUUAUUUCAAAAACAUUAAGAAAUCAUAGGUAUUUCAAACUUUUGAGCGGUAGUGUAUUUGUUAGAUUUGAGAUACAAAAUGUAGUUGUUAUUCUCCAAAAGUCCUUGAUGCUUUCAUAAAAUAGUGAUUUCUGAUCUAUGAACUUUUCUGUGAAGUCAUUGUUUUUGUUGGAUCUUUUGAGCGAAUAUAUUUAUUCAGGUCUGAAUGAUUUGUUCCUGAAUAACAGCUAUUUUUAUGAUAUCUUUUGUGUCAUUUUUGCAGCUUAGAUCACGAAAAAAAAAAAAGCAUGACCAAAAGAUCUCAUUUGUGUUCCACUAAAGAAUGAAAGGGUGAAUAAAUACACAGAAUUUUCAUUUUGGGGUGAACUAAUCAUUUAAAUCAGCUUGAAAUGAUUUCAAACUGUACUAUCUGCAUUUAUGUUUAGGUCGAUACUUAUGAUAAUGAAUUACUGUCAUGGAAAAACGUUAAAAUCAUUUGGAUUCAUUCUGAGGGAUUAUGCCAAUAUCGAAACAAUCAUGCAUCUCGGCAGAACAUUGACACCAGUCCAAAGCCCCCUAAAGAGUGAGAAUUGGUUUCGGUCACACCCACACUGUGCAGUAAAUAGACAGUUAAAUUAACCGAGUAGUACGCUUCCCCAAAGAAUUAAAUAAUGUGCUUUAUAUUAGGCUGUUAUUUCUGACAAAACCCCAAGUAAAAUACGAAUAAAAUAAAAAAAACCUUUCUGGCAGACGCUUCAUUCGGAAUUAUCUUCCUCUCACCAGGAUGUUAAUUAGUAAAACUGUUUUUCCUGUGAUGUAUGCACAGAUUUACCACUGUAACCAUGGCUGUGACAAUAAAACAGCUGCAUUAGCCAUUGUCACAAAUAUAGAAGUGAAAAAAAAAACUUUUUAUAGUGUUUAAAGAAGAUCCAUUUAUUAGCGGUGGUUGCUAAAGCUCAUAUUUGCAUUUGAUGCUCAUAUAGGAUCAUUACUGCCAUAAUUAGGGUUAAUGAUCUGAACAAUCCCCUAAGUGUGUUACAUUUAGCUCACACCGCAAGGUCUGCACUACAAACAUGAGUGAAGCCUCAAAUAGUGUGGCUUAUUGAGAAGUAGUGCGUUAUUACCUUUCUACUCAAUAGGCCUUGCCUCGUGGACUGUAAAAUUAGUAAAAACAUCUGUAGACUUGUUUUAUCUAGAAAUCAGAUGAACGUGGAAGUGGGCUCUUUUGAUUUGGGUGAGCAAGAAACCACUUCAAAACCAGCCAGAACUGCAAAACCAUUGAUUAACCCAAAAACAACUUCCAGACAACCACCACUCACACUUUCAUAAGAAAAUAUAUAAAUCUGAUUAUGUUUGUACAUCUAUAAAUAACUCCUUUUGUGUUUUGCUGAAGAACAAAAUAACUUUUUCAAGAGAUAUGGCUAAAUACAUGAGGACAGAAUUUUUAUUUUUGGGUGUACCGUCCCUUUAAGGAAUAUUUUAUUAGAAUAAAACGCCCGGGAGUGUCUGCAAUCAUGUGUCAACAGUACAGCGGGUCAGAUGGAGGAAAUUAAUUAAGAGGCAAGAUUCACUGUCCAUAGUGUCAAACACAUUAGCCGUGCCGUAUCUGAACUUUGACACUGUGGGCUCAUUCCUUCAAAAGACCUCAGAAGGGCAUGCUCUGAGUUCAUCUGUCAGUGUGAGUGAGGUAAUUUAAUUGGAGUCUAAAUCAUAAAGCUUUACCACAGACCCAUUUCAACUGGAGAUGGCUUGUUAUGCAAUCAUCUAUAAUAAAAAGCCAAUCAUUGAAACUGCCUUCAAGGGACACUGUGCAGUUCUUUUUAAGGAAUACCUUUUAAUCCUCUAUACAAGAAGAGACAAAUUAUAACUAAGGCAAACACAAGGUUGAAAGAUUGGAGUCUUAAAGAAAUAGUGCACUCAAAAAGGAAAAUGUUUGUCACCUACCACUGUAAAAAAAGAAGAAAAUAAAUUCUUUAAAGUUUCUUUACACCAGUGUUAUUUUUGUAUCUAUAGUCUAUUUUAGUAUUAAUAUUCAUAGUUUUUAAAUUUUAUGUAAUUUUAAUUUAUUUUAAUAUUUUAGCUAAAUGUAAAUAAUAAUAAUAAUACACUUUUUUCUAUGUAUUUGUUCAUAUUCUUUUGGAUGUGUGUGUGUGUGAAUGAACAAAUGAAUAGAAAAAACAUGUAUUAUUAUUUAAAUUCAUCUUUAAAAAACUAAAACAGAUUACAUAUAAUUCAAAAACUAUAAAAAGUAAUAUUAAAAUAUAGUAUAUAUACAAAAAUACUGAUACAUAUAUAUAUAUAAAGGUUUUAUUGUUUAUUUUUUACAUUUGGGGGGGGGGGCUAUUAAUUUUUUUUAUGCACCAAUAAAUGACAUUUUAGCACUUCUACAAAAAAAUAUUAGAAAUGACAUUUAGCUGAAUAAAUGCAAUUUAUUUAUUUUUUUAUGUUAAGUAAUGACAUUUUUAAAAUCGUUUUAGGUUUAGGUAAUGAUAAGUCCUCUAGUACACACAAUUCAGCGUAAUUUUUAAGAGUCAGAUCAGACAGAAAUAGCAACUGCACAGUUUCACAAUACUGCAGACUGCUUACAGAGUAUUCUCUUUUACACCAAAAUACAUUAUAACCAGCCUCCUGUUCAUGCUGUUCUUGUCAGAUUCCCUUCCACUAGGGGAUCCUUUCUCCUGAUACUGGGUUACUGCAGUUGCUAUUAAAAUGGUUACACUAAUGAUUAUAUGUGGUAGACUGUGGAAGUUGGUUCCAUGUCAAGGACUUCCAACAAGACACAGCCUGUCUGCAGUGUGGAUCUGUGACUGAAACAGUUUGAGCUGAGACUUGCUCUGUGAGAGAACAUUGAGCUCUUCUAGACAGUUGUUUCUGAAUACAUACUGACACUGUGUUUACACUGACCUUGCAGAGCUCAAUAGUUCCACUCUGUUGUGGGAAAAAUCAUAGUGAACAGUUAAAAUACUGGCUUAGGCUUAGUAUUGAAGUUGGCAUGAAAAAAAAAUCCUUGUUUUUUUCAAAUGCAUGUUGUUGAUCAAAUAGUUACACAAAUGUAUUCAUCUACAGUAUUGUAGUCUAAAGUAUUUUUCUUACUUAUUUUUUCAUCAAAAUGCCAAAACUUUCCUGCUUACUACUGCUAUUUGUCAUAUAAUUUAAACACAUUCUGUUUACAGUAGAAUUGUUUGGAAUUUAGUAAAUAUUUAUUGCAUUUAUAUUGCUCUUACAAAUAAAAGAUAUAAACAAACAAAUCCAA